ACGAGAGUUAAGAGAGUUAUCUAUUUAUAAUAGUUUAACUAUUCUUGAAAUUUUUAAAAAUCUAUACAAUAAGUUAAUUUUAACGCACGAAAUAAUUUUUAUUCAGAAAGUUUGUUUUACUAAGUCACAGACAGAACACAGAAAGACACUACACAGAAAGACACUACACAGAAAAGACACUACACAGAAAAGACACUACACAGCACAAUUGAAAUGUAAGCCAAUUGCGUUUGUUUUUGAUUUUGUAUGCUGGAUCAUUAGUAAAAGUAAAUAUACCUGCUCUACAAAUAUAGGUUAAUUGGUUAUUUACGACUUCGAUUUUUUUUAAUUCAAAUAAUAUUUGAAUCAAAAAAUUGAACGAAUAUUGUUUAUUUCAAUAAAUAUUAUUAAAGGUAAGAAAAUAAUUAAACUUUCUAUUUCAAUUUUCAGAAUUGUUAUUAUAACUUUAAGUUAUCCAUUAGCCCAUUAUGGCUACCUCAUCGCGAAGUAAUAAUCCCUUACGGAGUUAUUUUAAAGUGAGUGAUGAAGAUGUUGGCAAAGCCAUCUGCAUACUUUGCAAGAAGAUUUUGUCUAGAGGAAGUAAAGACGCACACAACAUGUCAAUAACAAAUUUACAAAACCAUCUGAAAAAAUUACAUUACAAUAUACAUAGCAUGAUUUUUUCUCAGAAGAAAAUUGUUAACCACGAAUCUUUACCAAAUCCAAAUGAAAAGUCUAUAAAACAAUUUUGCACUACUCGAAUAAUAUGCUCAGAUAGAACAAGCUCUGCUGAAUCAGUGCAAAUCAUUACCAGCACUGCCACAGAUGAAACGCAGGGAAGCUCGCGUGUGUCUAAUAACACAAUUGCCUUUUUUCAAAAAGCAUCGACACAGGUCUCACUGCGGGAGAUUUUGCAAAGAAAAGAAUUGUGGCAACUUGAUAAUCCUAAGGCUCAAGCUAUUACCAAGCUUAUUGGAGAAAUGAUAUGUUUAGACUUGCAGCCAUACUGUAUUGUUGAAGAUAAAGGUUUUACCCGACUUUUAAAGAAUUUAGCUCCAAACUAUACAAUACCUAGUCGAAAGUAUUUCUCCACAAAAGUCAUUCCACUGAUGUAUGAAACCAUAAAAGCCAAAGUAAAAUAUGAGCUUGAUCAAGCAGAUUUCCUAAGUUUAACUAGUGAUGGUUGAACCUGUCAGCACAGUUUAACAGCUAGAUUUGUAACGCAUGAGUUUACAGUUAAACAUGUCAUCUUACAAGUUACACACUUCCCUGAGUCGCACACAGGGCACAAUAUAAGUAAAUUCAUAAAUGAAGCGCUACAAUCAUGGGAAAUUCCCCAUGAAAAAAUUCAUGCAGUUUUAACUGAUAAUGCAGCCAAUGUAAUUAAAGAUGUUUAUAGCCCAAAUUUGACUGCCAUUAAAGAGUCAAAUUUGGGCUAUAAACAUCUUCCAUGUCUGAUACAUACUUUACAACUUUGUAUUUAGAAAAAGAUCUUUAGAGAACAAAGAACAGCAAGUGAUGCAAUAGCUGUUUUUCGAGCAUUAGCAGGACAUUUCCACCACUCUUCUAAUGCUGUGGCUAAACUAAAGGAAAGUCAAAGUCAACUAAAAUUGGCAGAGCAUAACAUAAUUCAAGAUGUUUCCACAAGAUGGAAUUCGACAUACUAUAUGCUUGAAAGGUUCAUUGAGCAGAAAAAAGCUAUUACAUUGUAUUGCAUUACCAGAAAUCAAACAAAUGCAAAAAAUCCUACGGAAAAUCAAUGACAACUUGCUGAAAUGCUUGUAUGCAUAUUAAAACACUUCGAAAGUACUACAAAAGACACGAGUAAAGAAACUGCAUGUAUAUCAGAGAUUAUACCAUUUAUCUAUGCAAUAGAAAAGUUUCUAGACUACGCUUGUGACACGGCAACUGAAAUAAAAACUGUUGUUGAUGAACUUAAGAAAGAUUUUAACUGUCGUUUU